AUGGCGGUUGAAGAUGGCGCGAGUCUUGCGAUUGAGCAGACGGCUCACGUUGGCGAAGAUAGGAACGCCAGGGCGUACGUGCGCGAGAAGAUCGCUGAGUGGGUUGCGUGGACGCUGCGUCGCUAUGUAGGGCUAGCCCCAACAGAAGGGCGGCGCCGGGGCGGGGCCAGAAAGGUCGCGCCGCUGCCGGCCGACCACGUGCUGGGCGCCGGCGGGUUGUACGUCCUGCUGCCGGCCACCCGCGGCAAGGUGUCGGCCGACGAGGCGCGGAGCGUGCUCACCGCGUCCCGGUCGCUGGCGCGGUCCAAGUCAAUGCCCGGCGGGCUGAUGAGGAAGAUGUCGUCUCGGAAGAGCCGUGACGCCGAUGGGUCAGCCAAACACAAGGCGACGACGGGCGUGGCCGUGGCGGAAAUGGAGAGGAGGGAGGAGCCGGCGGCGGCGGUGGAGGACGGGUUCGAGGAUCACCGGCCGGUGUUCCUGAGCCGGGAGCUGUCGUGCAGGGGGUGGAAGCCCAGCCUGAACACCAUCGAAGAGCGAGUCAUGCCCAAGAAGGUGUCCCAUUGGCUCUUCUGAGUUUCUGUCCGAUGGAUGACCGGAGAGUGUGAGCCGAGUAGGCUUCUUUGACUUGUCAUCGUCGGGAUCUAGUAAUCUUUUUCUUCCCUUGCUUCCUUUUCUCUUUCUUUUUUCGCUAAAAUGCUUGUCGUCUAUAUGUCCGUCAAAUGCAUGUGUAACCAAACAUGUAAUUUGCGUUUGAUGAGAUAGUAACAAGUG